CCUCCAGGCUCCUCCCGCUCCGGGGCGCCUCCGCCCUUUGCACCCGCCCAGCGUACAAAGACUCCAGGCCGUCAGCGAGCUCCUCUCCGCUGUGUGUCCAGCUCUUCCAACGACUGCUGUGCCUCGGGCCCAGGUUUCAACAGACUCCUCCAAGAUGCCUUCUCAGAUGGAGCAUGCCAUGGAAACCAUGAUGCUUACAUUCCACAGAUUUGCAGGGGACAAAGACUACUUGACAAAGGAGGACCUGAGAGUGCUCAUGGAAAGGGAGUUCCCUGGGUUUUUGGAAAAUCAGAAGGACCCCCUGGCUGUGGACAAAAUAAUGAAGGACCUGGACCAGUGCCGAGACGGCAAAGUCGGCUUCCAGAGCUUUUUGUCACUAGUUGCAGGGCUCAUCAUUGCGUGCAACGACUAUUUUGUUGUGCACAUGAAGCAGAAGGGAAGGAAGUAGGCCCCGUGACGCUCCGGUACUCCCUCCUUGACGCGUUUCUCCCCGAGGAAUCGGCCUCACUGCUUCUCGAGAGCCGAUCAGGGCCCUUAGGAAAUGUGCAGAUAACAUCCAACUCCAAUUCGACAAGCAGAGAAAACAAAGGGAAUUCAGCGACAGAGAAGCUUGUGAUUUUUAUAUUGUUUUCACCCUUCUGCCCUCAAUAAAGACAGUCCCUUUUUUUAGUUCUGAA